CCUAAUGCAUUUUCACUCGAAAUUGCACAAGUCCACAUCAUAAACAAUAUUUCUUUGUUCCCCCAUGUACUCGCAAAAUACCAAGACCCUUUUUCUUUUUUUUUGGCCGUGCAACCAGCCAACCGCGUCCUGCAUGUUUGUUUCCUUCUCCCCCAAUUGGGUAGUCGCGAACGUCACCUCAUCACCCAUCAAACAUUCGCCACGUCCAAAACUCCAACCCCCAACCCUCCACCCAACCUACACCAUCCGCACCCUACCAUCCGUGCACGAUGGCGCCCCGCAAGAACCAAGGUGCAGUUCACGCCGCGAUCGCCGUGUCCUCUGAUCACGAGACUGCGGAAUCGACCACUACCGCGCCCAAGCGCUCGACUAGGAAGCGCAAGGCUGUCAACUACAAGGAGCCGACUGAAAGGGAUGCCGACAUCAAGGACGCUCCUGCAAAGAAGGCGAAGAAGACAUCCGCCAGCAAGGCCAAGAGCAACACACGUGACUCAACCACCAACAGCGAGCCCUCCAACAAGAAAUCCAAGGGAAAAGCUAAGACUAAGGCCAAGUCUCAGACUUCUUCUUCUUCUUCUUCUCGAUCUAGGUCGCGUAAUCAAGGUCCAGCGGCCCCUUCGCGUGGGAGGAUCGCAGGCGACUAUGUAGACGAGUAUCGCGACGAGGACGCGGAAGUCAGGAAGAAGGCCUUCCAGACUCAACCUUCGGGCAAGUUUUUGGGGAAUAUGGAUCGAGCGCUCUCGCAGCCGCUUCUCUUUGUCGAUCGUCAGCGCUGCGACAACCUUGAAGCGCCCCGUGAGACAUUUACUAUUGCUGGUAAUUCUGGAAAGGACUACACCGUUAACAUCCGCCAUGUGUCGUCGUGCACAUGCAUGGAUUUCACAAUGCGUCGCAUUCCUUGCAAGCACAUCAUCUACACCAUGGUCAAAGUGCUCAAAGUUGCAGAGACUUCGCACUUGCUAUACCAGCUCGCCCUCACUUCCUCGGAACUGCAAGGCAUCUUCGACAACGCACCUGCCGCACCAUCCGUCGGGGUCAUCGUAGACGAGCCUGCGGACCCCAAGCGGAAGCCAUUGGAAGGCGAGGACUGCCCUAUCUGCUACAUGGAAUUUGUGCCCGGCAAGGAGAACAUCACGUACUGCAAGAGCUAUUGCGGCAACAACGUGCACAAGGUUUGCAUGGAUACGUGGCUCAAGAGCCAGCGGAGCUCGUAUGGAAAAGGUCAGUCUAUUCGCUCCCACCCCUCCCCAAUGUUAAGUGGAGAUCUGGAUAGCGGAGGAGACCUGAGAGCGAGAAGAAGACAAGAAAACUAA